AUGGACGAUGAUGAGCCGCUCAGUGCCUCUGUUGGUUCUCUCGGGGAUGAAAGUUUGAUCAGUCCCCGAAAUGGGAUCUGGUCUUCAGCAAUCCUCCACCACGGGGAAAUCCAGACUACGGGCAGCAUGUGGAGGAAGAAGAGCCAGUACCUCGUCCUUACCGAUACGCAUUUAGUUCGCUUCAAAAAUCAAAGCAAGGCUGCUGAUGCCUUUCCUUCGAUUCCGGCAAAUUAUAACAGGCCAGCCCCGGCCUCGCACCGCCAAUCCGUUGCCUCGAUCAGCUCUUUGCAAGACAUGCAACUAAUGGUCUCGAAUGAAGUGUCAGCAGGUAUCCCAUUGAACAGUAUUAUCGCGGUAUACAUGUUGGAAGACGGACGGUUAUCCUCUACAGUCGAGGUGGCCUACCUGGAUGAACGAACACACAAAGCCGCAUUGGUCCAGAUGCAGACGCCCGAUCUCCAAGAAUUGAACCUCUGGAUGGUGGGUAUUCGUCAGGCUGCACAGAUGGCACGAUCAAACGACCCUCAGCCAUUCGAUCGGGGCUCGGUCGAGUAUGUAACAAGGAUGUUGGGACACGAACGAGAUUACGACCCGGCCACGUUCCGAAUGUUCCGUGUUAUACAGAUCGCCUCCAGCAAGUCCCCGACUCGCUCAUCUUCGGAAGAUCUCACCAAACUGUCACCUACCGGAUGCUAUCUUGCAAUCGGCUUGCACAAAGUCCAUUUGAUCCCCAUGCAAAAGGCAGCCAAUCGGUCAUCCGUGGUAUCCUUGUCCGACGUUGAGAAUGCCACUUCCUUUGGUCUCAUGAACCUGACUGGUUUGUCAAUGGAGUACGGCGAUGAUAGUCUCCAUUUAACUUUCCGGGUCCCGCUGCGGAAAUCAUUCAACGUAUUCCUGGCUUCCGUUCACUCGGUUGAAGUUGCUUGUUGGAUUCGACAACACACCGAGUUCCUGCGCCCGCUGUGGACAAGACAGCCAUAUGACUUUGUUGUUCCCCGCGAGCUGCAAAACGAUGAGAACUUCCCACCCGUGGUAUUGGAUGAGGACUAUGGCUGUUUCGAUCGAACCCUAGUUGCCUACUCUGCUAGCUAUGAUAUCGACACUUCCAAUAUUCGGUAUACGAUCGAUCUAGACUGCGAGGAUGCUCCAUGUUUCCGACUUCUUCGGCCUGCGUCCCCGAAGAACCCGCGAUACGGUGCUCUGGAAUUGAUUGCAGUUAUGCGAGCCCUUCGAUACAAUGAGUCAUUUCUGUCCAUUUCAUUCCGUGGUAUUAAUCUUGAUGCCUUGCAAGGUCUCCGCGAUAUUCAUGGUGUGGAUGCAGAUGUGCAUCUCGACAGGACAGGAUCUCUCGUGCAUAUCCCGGGACAAUCAAAUUUGAGUGUCUUGUCCCAAGAGGUGCGCGCAUUAGCAUUGAAGAGCAUACGGUUGCGCCGGCUCGACUUUUCCUAUUGCCUAACCCGAACUCCUACUUUGGACAAAGGCAGCCGGGAUCCGGGAUGUGGAAUCCCAGAGGCUAUUUUCCCAGCCUGCCGUCGGGAAUUGACGAGUGUGGACUGGGUGGUGCUGAAUGGAAUCCGAUUAGGCGAGACCGAUCUUGACUACCUGGUGGAUGCCGCGUCUCAACCACGCAGUCAUCUGCGAGCGUUGGAGGUCGGGGACUGCGGUUUGUCUGUGCAUGACCUUGAUCUCAUUUUGUCCACCUUUGUUGCUCAGGAGUCGUCUCUGGAAGCUAUCAAUAUAUCUGGUGUACAGGGUCGUUUGAACCCCAACGUGCUCCAGCAGUACAUCGGGUACUUCGGCCAAAUCCGGAAGAUCAACCUGUCACGCAUCUCUCGCACAUCGGGCACCGAGCCGCUCAUUACAGCAGAAAUGCUGUUCAACUGGAGACUCGAAGAGCUUGUUCUCAGCCGCACGGCCGUUAAUCGCGAAACUGUCGACUCAAUCGCCACUUAUCUCGCGAGUGAUCGUUCGCAGAACCUGCGCGUAAUUCGACUUGAUCAGUGCGGAUUAAGCGGCGAGGACGUUGCUAUGUUAAUGCAUUCAAUGUCCGUUGGGCCGGGUUCUCCGCGCAGCCUCCAUUUGCAUGUCAAUGAGAACCGGCUUGAUGAUGGCUGCUCCUUCCUUUUCGAUGCCAUUGCCAAGAAUAUGACGCCCUCGCAUCUUUCUAUGCAGAUGAUUGACUUCAAGAAGGAAGAGCAUUUCCGGCAAUUGGUGGAUGCGCUUCGCAAGAACCGUACUCUCCGGUAUCUGGAUAUUUCUAAGGCUUCUCUUCCUUAUGAUGCUGGGCCUGAGACUUGUCGGAUGCUGCAGUUGAUGUUUGAGGAGAACGAGACUCUGGAAGCUCUCGACAUCAGUGGCGAGAGCGCGCAUCUCGAUGUUGCCAGGUUUGGAAUUGGUCUUAACCUUGCAUUGACUGGCUUGAAGAAGAAUACUUCUCUUAAGGUGCUGAGGAUUGAACACCAGAAACUUGGUCUCCAGGGCGCGAAUACCCUGGCGUCUGUGUUGGAGGACAACGAAUCAUUACGUGAAGUGCAUUGCGAAAACAACGAUAUCAACCUUCAGUCGUUCACUGUGCUCGUCAAUGGUCUUCAAGGCAAUCGCACUCUUCUCAGUCUCUCCUGUAUGGAUCGAGACCGGGUAAUGUCGCUUGACAAGGUGCGCCGGGAAGUUGACAACGUCCGCUGGGAUGCCAGCACCGUUCAGAGCUCUACAGCAAACUCGAUCCGCCGUUCUCUACAUGUCGCCAUGGGUGUUCGCCCUAGUAACUCAAACCACCGACUGAGCAAGCCACCACCAGCCAAUCCCAGCGCAUCACCUCAGGAGCCAUCUCCAUUAUCCUCUCAAAACGUGGACUUGGUCCUGCAGUCGUUGCAACGCAGAUGGGAUUCGGAAGUCGCACGUCUCCGCCGAUACCUCCUACGCAAUUACAAUAUCGCACACGGCAUCGAAGACAGCGACAUCGACGACGCCGCCAGCGACGGCCGACCUGCAACAGCAGCAAGCCUAGGAACGAUGCUUGAGAACUUAAAAUUGGAAGUCGCCGUAUCAGCAGAUGAAAUCCACGCAUCUCCACCCGACCACGCAGCUUCAAUCCACCUCCGCACAGAAUCCCAAGACAGCCAGCCAGAGCUCAAAAUCCCACCUAAAAAUCUCCGGAAGAAAAGCGCUCCAAAUCUGCGCUCUCAAACCGCUCGCGCUUCCCAGAGCUUCCCACCAGAAUUCGGCUCAUUCAGCGCCUCAGCCACCCGCGUGGCCCUCCCUGUCCCUGCUGUUCCCGCCGCAGUUACAAAGGCGAGUAGUGUCCGCAGCACACGCAGCUCAAGCACGAAUUCGACUGGCACCGGCAGCGCGCGCAGCGCCUACGGUACAGCUUCAUCUGCCCUGCGAGGAUUCCUCCGAGGCAGCGCUUUAAAAGAACGUCGAGGCGUCGAGGCCGUACGCCCGGUCUGUGUCUCAAACGAUCAGGCCCCACGGCUGGACUGGGCACCACCUAAGCUCGACUUGGAGGAGCUUGAAUAG